GAGUUGGAGUGGGAAGUCUAGCAAUCGAAUAAAAGGUGGUAGGAGUAGGGAAUUUCGCGCGUUGAAACCCCUCUAUCCCAAAUAAUAUUUAGUCGAGAAAAAGUAUAUAUAUCGAAGGCUUGUAUCUUGUAUCGCCGUUGCGAAUAAAAGCAGGCUACAAGUGCCGCUAUAUAGUUGUUUAACUAAUAAAACGGGAAGAUUCGUUUGGAAUACAGACGAAAUGUCGGUUAUGGGGAAGCCUGUCCUUUACUCCUAUUGGCGGAGCUCUUGUUCUUGGCGGGUGCGAAUUGCUCUGAAUUUAAAAGAGAUACCCUACGAUAUCAAACCUGUGAGUUUGGUCAAGGGGGGUGGAGAACAACACUGCAAUGAGUUCAGGGAAAUUAAUCCAAUGGAACAAGUCCCGGCUCUUCACAUUGACAAUCAUACUCUGAUAGAAUCUUUAAAUAUCUUACAAUAUUUGGAAGAGACGAGGCCCCAUCGUCCUUUGAUGCCAGCAGAUCCAGUCAAAAGAGCCAGAGUCAGGGAGAUUUGUGAAGUAAUAGCAAGUGGUAUUCAACCUCUUCAAAAUUUAGUAGUUCUGAUAUAUGUUGGUGAAGAAAGAAAGAAAGAAUGGGCCCAACAUUGGAUAACCCGAGGAUUUACAGCGGUAGAAAAAUUAUUGUCAUCGAGCGCAGGAAAAUAUUGCGUGGGAGACGACAUAACUCUUGCAGAUUGUUGUCUCGUUCCACAAAUUUUCAACGCUCGAAGGUUUCACGUAGAUCUUCGACCUUUUCCAACCAUAUUGAGAGUCGACCGUCAUUUGGAAAAUCAUCCAGCCUUUACGGCGGCUCAUCCUAAUAAUCAGCCUGACUGUCCGCCGGAAGCGACCAAGUAGCAAGCAAGGCAGACCACCCUCUUUCUUUUCUAAGUCCACUUAGAGAGGAGUUUCAAGUGAGGUGGUCCAGAUACGUGUAGUAGUUCGAUUGCGAUAACGGGUGAAACACGCUUUCUAUCUUAUUUUCUAUUCAUUCUUUUACAAUAUAACUACAUUUUAUUUACUAGAAACGAAAAACAGUCAAGCAUUCACAGACACUAUAUAUUUAGAUACGAGCUAGAGUAUACUUUUUUUUAGAAAAAUGAUGAUAAAAAAAAAUAAUAAGACGGGAAUAGCAAUGGAGAAUAGAAAGAUUUAUUUUUUAUUAAUUUUCGAUGUAAAAAAACUUUCGAGUAAUCUCACUUUUUCCACCUAUCGCGGGUGAGACUCGCGAUCGAGCGAUUGAACGGUUAAUUUUUAUCAAUAAAGAAACCCUUCGCAUUGUUGAAACGCAACGGAAAUUAUUUCUGCGUUCUUUUACUUGUGCAAUUUUUAUAAUAGUCAACAUUUUUUAAAAUCUCCAAUGAAAACGAAUACACAUGUAAAGUCGAGUGAUCAACAGUAAAGUAAUUCCGUUGCAUUCCAAUGAUGCCAGAUUCGAAAUGAUUAAAAGCGAAGGCAUUAAACUGAUCCCCCGACGAAAUCAAGUACAUGUCCGCGACCGUUCUUCCAUAUUUGUUUUCUCGUUGAUUUUUGAUACAGUAAUAUAACUAAAUUCCGGAGAUCAUUAACUCAGGUGUUGGAAAUGUUGGCCUAUCUUUUAAUUUUGUUAUAUUUUUUAUAAUUCCUUUUUUCACUCCCUUUUUCGCUGGCCUUUCCGAACUUAUUUUUCGUUUUUGUUUAUACAAUAUGAUUAAUCAUCAAAAUUACCUUAUCAAAUAUUGUUAUGAAUAAUCGCUAAUAAUAUUUCGUAAGAAUUUCUCAACGUAUCAUUUUAUAACCGUUGUCUUGAAUCAAAAAUUUACUUUUAUAUCUAGACGAAGACAAAAAAAAGGCGAGAAAGAGGGAGGGGGAGAGAGAGAGAAGAGAGAGAAAUAAUACGGUAAAAAACGAAACGAAUGAUGAAAUGAUGAACAAAAUGAUGAUAUAUAAUUGUUUUAUUGACGUUAUUGAAUUUAGCGAGGUUUUAGUCUUAUUAUUAUUAUUAUUAUUAUUAUUAUUAUUAUUAUUAUUAUUAUUAUUUCAUCGGUGUAGUUUUUAAUUUAGAGUAAAUGUGGGCCGAGAAUGAAACAAAAAAACAAAUAAAUGCGGUACGAAGAAAUAAAUGGUUGACUAAAAAAUCAUGUACGAAACAUAAAGCGAAUCGAUGCUGCUCAAAGCAUAGGCUCAUUUAUUGAUACAAGAUGGCGUAUAGAAAUAAGUACAAAAAAUCUUCUUCGUAUUCAUAAUAACGAGAAUUAAGAAGAAGAAACGGCACAAAAAUACACAUUUUUCCGAUAAAUUUAAGUACGCUUUUAACUCGUCAAUUUGGCUUUGUAAUCAUCGAUGAAUAAUUUUUCGAUUUUCUAACGUUUUGAGAAAAAUCAUACGAAUCAAUGUGUUUUUUUGUUUAUAAAAAAUAUUGUUUUCCAUCGAGUUUCGAAUUGACGCGAGAAUACUGCCAGCUUUUCAAUAUUAAAAUCAAAAAACAAACAAUCGAAAAAAGAGAAUUCAAUGUUCCGAUCGAACUUGAAUUGGGAAUAAAAUCGUGGUUAAGAUUCAACGGAACGUGAACAACAACUACACAAAAGACGCAUAUUUUAACGUACAAAUGAAUGCAUUCACCCAGGUCACAGUAAAUGAAAUAUCAGUAGCUGAUAAAUAUCUCACACGAAUGAUGAGUAAACAAACAAAAGUAACACAGUGGAUAUUGAUAAAUUAUAGAAGAAGUCUUGAGAACAGCGAUGCGCGCUGUUCUCGAACAUUGCGCAAUACUAGUCGUAAGGCCGGAGUGUCAAAGAAAUAUUUCGUUUGUUGCGUCGAGUGAGGAUCCCUUUCAAAGGUCAUUUUUCACGCAGCCUUUCAUGAUAAUUUGGAGAAAGUCGUCAGAUUUUUGAGUACACGAUGCAACAGAAUUUUUAGUUAAUCAUACUCUCAAAGGUCGUCGGACCGCUUUACACCUUAACAUCCACGAAAAAAAUUUGAAAAACAGUAUAUUCGAAACUCGGGACUUGAUCAAGUUGAUCAUUGCUCAUGAUGUAUUGAAAAUAAUUUCAAUGACGUAUUAUAACGAAAGGUUCUUCGUCACAUUGUUGCUUUGUCAAAUUCAAACUCGCUGUAUUCAAAGAUAUUUGAUCCCUUUUCAUAAUGUUGUAUCGUUGAGGUAUUUUCUUUUGUUGAUUCUUAUAUAAUAAUAUGAACUGAGAGGAGAUCUCAAAAACUUGAUUCUUCGCACAAUUGACAGUUCAAUGACAGAUCCGUUCCAUAACUCGAAGAGAACCAUCUCCGAUUUAAACAUUAUUGUAUCACGUGUGAUCGUCUGGGGAAUUUCGUCGAAAUGUUAGGAUCAUUGAAAUUCCCACUGGGUCUAGAAAGAGUCUUCGUUAUAAUUGUGUGUACGAGCAAACGAAUUGAGAGACAUUUUGAAAAUGUGUUUAUACAAGUCCGUGAUGCGAUUUGGUUCGAAAAAAUGAAUUUAGAAUGGGAAAAACGAAUAUUUUCUUCACAUCUUGGUGACUCGUACUAUAUUUUAGGAGCGUAUGCGUAAUACAAAUAAUGUUGUAAGGAUGCAUGAGGGCUAGAGAAAGUGCGAAUGUGAAGCCUGUAUAUUAAAAGAACGAAUUAAAAAAAAAAAAAAAAAAAAAAAAAACGAAAAUAAAAUAAACAAAAAGUAGCGAUUAUACUGAGAAUAGAUGUAAUAAAAAAAUAACGUACGAAAAGUAUGAUAAACAUAAAUAUUUUACAAGUGAAAAUGAUGUACGUUUAUUGCUUGAUAGAAGAUAAUAAAUUCUGUGUCAUAGCGAAGAUAAAA